AGAUGGCGGAAGAGAGCGCAAGAUUUUCGCAAAUUGUUUUAGAAAUUUGUAACCUUACUGAAACAUAAAAGAUUAUGCCUUGAAUCGUAUUUUUUAAGGAAUCAAUAAGCCAAAUUGUUAUAAAUGCCAAAAGCUGGACGAAAGAGGCGUCUAACGCAAAAUUCUACCGAGAAAAAGGUGAAGACCAAGCGAGUUGGGAAAGACUGUGAUCCUACCGAUGGCGAGGCAAAAGUGAGGACAAAGCGUGUUCGGAAAGACAGUGAUCCUACCGAGGAAAUGGUGAAGACGAAACGGGUUCGGAAAGACACUGAACCGAGUAUUUCCAAAUCAAGUGGUUCUUCAAAUAAACUUGAAGAAGAAGAAGAAAGCCAAGAUGCUUGCACAACCCUAACUCUUAAAAGCAUAUUGUCUCUCUCAGAUGACCUGGAAAAUGCUUGUCUGCUUUUCCUUUCCAAAGGACAGGGAGUUUGCUUGAAAGGAAUGGCCAGUGUCAAAGUAUUAAUUGGAGUUGUGAACAUUUUUGGUUCAAAUAUUGGACCUGAUGAUGAAGCAGUCCAAGUCUUUUCACCAAGUUCAUCAAGCCUUAUUUCUUUGUGUGAGUUAAAUGAUGCCAAAAUCACACUGGAGGCAAAAAAAAGAAUUUUGAAAGGAACUCUUCAAAAGCAGUCCUCAGAUUUCAUCCAAAAAACUAUAAAAAGAGCCAAGAAAGCAGCUGCAGUGAUAUUAAUUUCAUCAUUACAAACUGUUGAGACAAGCUUUGUAUCCAGCUGUCAACACUAUGAGGAAAUCUUUAACCCGGAACUUGACAAGGGUUAUUCCUUAAGCAGUACAGAACUGGCUUUAAAGAAGAGGACUGCUGCGCUAGGAUUCAUUCUUCUGAACCCAGAAUCAAGGUGUAAUGUUCUCAUGAUUCCUGAAGAGUGGAAACUUAUAGCCAGCUCAUUGCAAAGUGCUGAUGAAGGUGUUCCAGGGGAAGUCACAGGGAAAUUUGUUUCCUUGAGUGCGAUGUAGGACAAACAGAAUUCACUCCACCUGGUUUGAUUUCACUUCAUAAAGUUGGUACCUCUUUGCUGGUUCGCUGUAUCCAGGAUGUGUACAAGACAUACGCUGAUCAUUCCAGGGGCAAGGUCCCUCUGAUUGUCAACACACAAGGCUGGGUGAAAGGUAUGGGAGUUCAUUUGCUGUUAGACGUGAUUCGGAUGGUGAAACCUUCGCACAUCAUCCAGUUCAAUUAUACAACUGAAGAAAAUAUUAUCAAGAACAUGCCAGCUAUAACAGAGGAAUUCUUAAUGAAUACACCUGGUUGGGCGUUUACAGAUGAUGCUGAUGAAUCAAAAUUCAGACCAUCUGAUCAACGCAGUUUGGCAUUGUUGGCCUAUUUCAGUCGGAUAGUAUCGAACAACACAAUAAACGAAGCCCGCGAAGGUCCACCGGCUGUUAAUAUAACAGCUUUGAUGUCCUGCAUCCCUUAUCAAAUUCCUUGGAAUUGUGUCGCCGUACAUGUCAUUCACACAGAGGUUCCUUGGGAUCAAAUUCUCUUCUCCAUAAAUGCGAGUGUCGUGGGACUGGCCAAGAUUGAAACAGACGAGAUGCAUGGCAUUGGGGAUAAGAAUAACACACCAUUCUUCUUGGCAGAGAGUCUUGUUGCAGAAUGCAUCGGUCUUGGAAUCGUGAGGAAUAUUGAUCCUGGGCGGAAAUUGUUGCACGUGUUGACACCAUUAACAUUAGACAGACUUCAACAAGUAAACGCUCUACUGAAAGGAAACAUCGAAAUUCCCGCUGUAAUUAUGCUGUCGACAAAGCAAGCGACUGCUCCUUAUGUUUCCUCGGAAUUCUCAUUUGAUGUGCGAGGAGCUGGGUCGAGAAAAGUCCGGCCUAACUUGUUGAGGAGAAGUCUUACUCGAGCCCGCGAGCACGAGAUGAAUAAUGUACAGAAAAAUACAGUUUAAUAAAUUAUUAAUAAAUUGAAAAAUGGUCUGUGGCAUUGAUUAAUCUGCGGAUACAACAUAAUUACCACAGCUACGAGAGCAGCUUCCUGAACAGCGAGGUGAAAAGUUGGGUUUGAUUUGGAAUGGUUAUGUGCUACAGGAAAAACUUUUUGAUCGAAUGUUAUGUUAGAAAAUAAAUUCAGCCAAAGCAGUUA